AGCUCGGAGUUCCCCACCACCAGGGCAGGCACCACCACCCCACCCCAUAUUUCUCUUCUCGGCACACUACUCCCCCACUUCUCCCCCGACAUGGCGAUCGCCGGCGGCCCGCGCGGCCGCCUCCUCCUCCUCCCCCUCUUCCUCGUCGCCGCCGCCGUAUGCCUCGUCUCCACCCCCGCCCGCGCCUGAUGAUGAUCUCCAGGUGAAGGUCAACAAGCUGUCAUCUAUAAAGACACAACUUCCAUAUGACUAUUAUUUCCUGGACUACUGCAAACCUGAGGUGAUUAAGAACAGCGCUGAGAACUUAGGGGAAGUCCUUCGUGGGGACCGCAUUGAAAACUCUGUCUAUAAUUUCAAGAUGAGGAGGGACGAGAGUUGCAAAGUUGUUUGUCGAACAAAGCUGUCUGCAGAAGCUGCAAAGAAUUUCAGAGAGAAGAUCGAUGAUGAAUAUCGAGUGAAUAUGAUUUUGGAUAAUCUCCCAGUUGUGGUCCCUAGGCAGACACGGGAAGGGAGCCAACCGAUCUUUGAUCAUGGUUACCGCGUUGGCUAUAAGCUCAAGGAUGACAAGUACUAUAUUAACAAUCACUUGAGCUUUAAAGUCUUGUACCAUGAAGACCUAAACUCCCCAGAGGCUCGUAUUGUUGGCUUCCAUGUGAUUCCUAGCAGCAUUAAACAUGAAUAUGGUGCCUGGGAUGACAAGAAUCCUACAGUACAAACCUGCAACGCUAACACGAAGAUAACUCCUGGUAGUCACACACCUCAAGAGGUGGCCCCUGAUGCAUAUGUUGUAUUCUCUUAUGACGUUACCUUUGAGUCUAGUGAGAUCAUAUGGGCAUCUCGCUGGGAUGUCUACCUUCUUUCCAGUGACAGCCAAAUCCACUGGUUCUCAAUUAUUAACUCCUUGAUGAUUGUCCUUUUCCUUUCUGGCAUGAUAGCCAUGAUUAUGAUGAGGACCCUUUACAAGGACAUAGCAAACUAUAAUCAGCUUGACAAUCAGGAGGAGGCCCAGGAAGAAACUGGAUGGAAGUUAGUGCAUGGUGAUGCCUUCAGGCCUCCUGUUCAUUCAGGCCUUCUUUGCGUUUAUGUUGGAACUGGUGUGCAGUUCUUUGGCAUGACAGUGGUAACAAUGAUGUUUGCGCUACUUGGAUUCUUAUCCCCUGCAAACCGUGGAGGACUCAUGACUGCUAUGGUCCUUCUGUGGGUUUUCAUGGGUGUAUUGGCGGGUUACACGUCGUCUCGCCUCUACAAGAUGUUCAAGGGCACUGAGUGGAAGAAGAUCACCCUCAAAACUGCCUUCAUGUUUCCUGGUAUAAUCUUUGGGGUCUUUUUUGUCCUGAAUGCCCUUAUCUGGGGUGAGAAAUCAUCUGGUGCAGUUCCUUUUGGGACAAUGUUUGCUCUGGUCCUUCUCUGGUUUGGCAUCUCCGUGCCACUGGUCUUUGUUGGAAGUUUCUUGGGAUUCAAGCAGCCAGCCAUUGAGGACCCAGUCAAGACAAACAAGAUUCCCAGGCAAAUUCCCGAGCAAGCAUGGUACCUGCAGCCAGCGUUCUCCAUACUUGCUGGUGGCAUAUUGCCAUUUGGUGCUGUCUUCAUUGAGCUCUUCUUCAUCCUCACAUCUAUCUGGCUGAACCAGUUCUACUACAUCUUUGGCUUCCUCUUCAUAGUCUUCGUCAUUCUCCUGGUAACCUGUGCUGAGAUCACAAUUGUGCUCUGCUACUUCCAGCUAUGCAGCGAGGACUACCACUGGUGGUGGAGAGCCUACCUGACCGCAGGCUCUUCAGCUCUAUAUCUUUUCGCUUAUGCUAUCUUCUACUUCUUCAACAAGCUGGAGAUCACAAAGCUUGUUUCAGGCAUUCUCUACUUUGGUUACAUGCUGAUCAUUUCUUAUGCCUUCUUCGUCCUGACCGGCACCAUUGGCUUCUAUGCUUGCUUCUGGUUUGUGAGGAAGAUCUAUGCUUCUGUGAAGAUCGACUGAUGUAGCAACUUUCGAGAUAAGUUUCCUGUCUGCUCCUAGAGCAUGUCCCGCACAAGGUUUUCUUGCAAUAUCAUACAUGGUGCUGUUCAAGUGACAUAUGAAGGAAACUGGGAUUUGAGAUGGGAUUCCAUGGUUUUGGUAGAAUAUGUAGCCUGGUAGGAGUAAGAAUCACCGGAUGUUCACGGAUGUUGAAGAUUGAAUUUGAUACUCGUUGCAGAUUAGCUUGUCUUGUAAUUCUAAAGAUAUUGAGUGCUCCUGUACUGUUUCGGAUCUCGAUUGACCAUGUCUGUUCCAUUUGUGUUUUAUGUCUUACACGCAGUACGCUGGACAUGGCACUAUUUCUUAGUGCAUAACUUUCUCGUUGGUUGAAUGAUUUCAUUCGAUAUUA